UCGGCCAUUUGCAACAUGGCGAAGGCCGUUGAUGACGCAGGAAAAUACUUUAAACGCGACGCGUUUGUGAUGGAUAUCGGAGGUACUAAGGUAGACGUGAGUACAGUAUGGGAAAAGAAAGGUUGUAUCAAAGAUCUAGUUACAGCUCUAAACCAAUCGUCUUUCAAGAACAAAAGUUAUGUACGGGUUCGUGUAGAAACGUGUCCUCCUACAGUGUACUGUGUGGUGAUUAAUUUGCCAAAGAAAGACGGAAAGCCACUGGAUCUUGGAGGUUGGAAGUUAUGCAAAGUUGGCGUGACUAUGGUUGACGCUCAUCCCUACAAAAAAAAAGAGAAAGGCACUAGGAACAAAACAAGGAUGGAUGAUAUCAUUGAUGCAGCCAAAGACAGCGGCCAUGAAGGCGUAAAACCGAUCUUUUCGUUUCCAAUCGGUUUUUUUGAUUCCAGAAGUCCUUUUGCCGUCGAAAAGGACGUACGACUAAGAAUGGGUUACCCAGUGCAUCGCAAUUUAGCAAGAGAUUUCAACCUUCCCAUACCAACGGAGUGGGUGUUGGUAGCGCAACUGUACCUAACGAAUUUGAUGGCCAUAAUAAAGGCCAUAAAGGAAGAUAGGACCGGUAAUAUCCUCUCUACUGAUCUGUUCUAUCAGGAAGAUGGGUGUUAUGAGGAGUUUCUGAUGGCCAAGUCUUGGCCAAAACUGCCUGACUGGCUGGAGAUCAGUGGAAAAGGCGAAGUGAUGCGUGCCGAGAAGCCUGAAGAGAAAAGACUUGAAGCAAGAUCUAAAACAAUGUCAACAAAAGAAAGAUGGGGGAAGUGAAGAGGUAUGGAAAUGGAUAACUCUGAAUGAUCAAGAUCAUUCAUCUUAAGCAUGACUAGCUAAGAUUUGUUGCGACAUGAUGUAUGUGAAUUGCUUAUUUUUUACUCUAAAGUGCCUGUAGAGUAUGUAUGAGUAGUGUGGAGUAGUACUUACAUGCUAUAGUAGUGCUCCCACGAAAAUACAAGUGACAUUCUAACAAGUGCUAGCUGCUAAGCUGUAUGUGAUUCUAGUGGCUUGUCAUAUCAAUUUUUCUUAUAUUUUUAUUAAAAUGCUUUCUGGACAGAAAAAUUGA